ACGCCGUCGCGCACCAACGUCUGCGCGUCCGGUACGAAUACGUUACGUAACGGCACCGACUCCGGCAUCUGUUGAGUCCAGCCAGCUCGCGGCACGCUUGCACCGCUGACCAUCCCGCGCACCGUCAUGCCGCCCGCCGCGACGCCGCCCACGGAUGCCGUCGCCAUGGCUACCGUGCAACACCCAAGCGGCAACACGUAACAUGCACUCCGAAACCAUCGACUGCCGACACAUUCCUGCCAAAUUAUAUAAGUUUAGAUAAUAAGUAGAUUAAAACAUCGACGCUUCACGCUUGUGAUGUACGAGGACCGCGCGCGACCUCAGCUCAGAUCACAGUCCAUCGCUUUGCGAACGCUUUAGCCGUCGUUUCUUUCGUAUUUUUGAAAAGUUCCGACCGUAUCAGAUCCGAGAGGACGUCCUAACUCCUGCCGGGUGCUCGAUAUCCAAGAUUCGCGACAACAUCAGCUCGUGGGUGCUGUGGUGGCGUCAACGCCAUCUUCGGAUGGGCGCACCGCAGACACCAAAGCCUAUAGAAGAAGAUGAGUGCGUGCCGCGCGUGGCCGUAGUCGAGGCAAUCCGGGAAGCGCAACAAGAGCGCAAGCUGGAGCGACGUCGAGCCGCGGCGGGCCCGAGGCGACGAGGCCUCGAGAAUGAGCUCGAGGGCGAGAGGCGUCGUCCUAGACGCAAGCCCAGGAAGAGGUCACUGCCGAAGCUCAGCAGCCAGGAGGAGGACACCGGUCGUCCACCACAGAGCGGGGUCGUUACGUUCGAGCCAAUCCAACACGACCACGACUUCUGCGAGCGAGUUGUCAUCAAUGUGAGCGGUUUGAAGUUCGAAACUCAGCUGCGUACAUUGAACCAAUUCCCGGAGACGUUGCUCGGGGACCCCUCCCGCCGAAUACGAUACUUCGACCCACUCCGGAACGAGUACUUCUUCGACCGGAACCGACCGUCUUUCGACGCCAUCCUCUACUAUUACCAAAGCGGAGGACGACUCCGUCGCCCGGUAAACGUCCCCUUGGACGUCUUUUCUGAAGAGAUCAAGUUCUACGAACUGGGAGAGCAGGCCACCAACAAGUUCCGUGAGGAUGAAGGUUUCAUCAAGGAGGAAGAGAAGCCCCUUCCCUCCAACGAACGCCAGCGCAAAAUCUGGCUGCUCUUCGAAUACCCCGAGAGCUCCCAGGCCGCGCGCGUCGUUGCCAUCAUCUCGGUCUUCGUCAUCCUCCUCUCCAUCGUCAUCUUCUGCCUGGAGACCCUUCCUGAAUUCAAACACUACAAAGUCUUCAAUACAACGACCAACGGCACGAAGAUUGAGGAGGACGAGGUCCCGGAUAUCACCGAUCCAUUCUUCCUUAUUGAAACACUCUGCAUCAUCUGGUUCACCUUCGAAUUGAUCGUGCGGUUCUUGGCGUGUCCCAACAAAUUCAACUUCUUCAGAGACGUCAUGAACAUCAUUGAUAUAAUCGCCAUUAUCCCGUACUUCAUCACCCUGGCGACCGUCGUUGCCGAGGAGGAAGACACUUUGAACCUACCGCGAGCUCCCGUAUCUCCGCAAGAUAAGUCCACCAACCAAGCCAUGAGCCUGGCUAUUCUGCGGGUAAUCCGUCUCGUGCGGGUGUUCCGGAUCUUCAAACUGUCCCGCCACUCGAAGGGAUUGCAGAUUCUUGGCAGGACGCUCAAGGCGUCCAUGCGAGAACUUGGCCUGCUGAUCUUCUUCCUGUUCAUCGGUGUGGUGCUGUUUUCGUCUGCGGUGUACUUCGCUGAAGCCGGAAGCGAGAACAGCUUCUUCAAAUCCAUACCUGAUGCGUUUUGGUGGGCGGUCGUGACAAUGACGACCGUAGGAUACGGAGACAUGACGCCGGUCGGAGUCUGGGGGAAAAUCGUGGGUUCGCUGUGCGCCAUCGCCGGCGUGCUCACUAUCGCCCUCCCCGUGCCCGUCAUCGUCUCCAACUUCAACUACUUCUACCACCGCGAAACUGACCAGGAAGAGAUGCAGUCCCAGAACUUCAACCACGUAACCAGCUGCCCCUACCUGCCGGGAACCAUGGGGCCAAUACAGAAGAAGUCCUCUAUGAGCGAUGACUCCUCUUCUGAGAUGAUGGAGUUGGACGAGUCGGCCAUGGCGUCCGAGCCGCAACUCGAGCAGAACCUGCGCCGCCUCCGCGAGGAGGAGAACCUUCUGCGCGAGCAGCAAGCCACCAUGGAGGCCGGUGCGUUCGACGACAUCGCCGCUCUGGAGCAUCAGGACGCUCUGCGCCUCAACCAGCUGCAGCAGCAAGAGCUCCAGCGUCAGCAGGCGGCCCACGCCGCACGCCACCUCCGGCAGACCCACGGGCAGGGUCAAGCCCUCGCCCUAGAGGCUCCCCCACCUCGCCGCGAGCAGGGCGCCCGCCGCCGCGCCACUUGCACCGUGCGUGUCAACAACCUGCACGCCACCGAGGCUAUAGAAACGGAUGUCUGACUAACAGGUCGUGUUAUUCCACGAACUCGAAUUCGCGACGUCACCACGGCUGAAACCUACGUUUAAGAUACUAAAGAAGGCGAGGGGGCGUGAGGGCGCGGUGUGGCGCGGGCGCACACCGUCUCGCUCUCCGCCGCCUUGCCACGUGUGACGCGCGUCGCCUCCACUCACACAACUACACUCAACUUUGCGACUCUCUUAGCGUUCUAACCUAUACGUGUAACAUAGAAAAACUGUUUAUUGAUAUUAUGAGAAAAAUAAUUAAAAAAAAAACACAAAAAAAAUUAAGCUUCAUCUACGAGUGCGACCCGCUUUCGCCUCCUGUUGUAAAUACUGUGAUCGCUUGUAAACUGCUAGUCGUACCAUCGACACUGUCGACAACCGUAAUUAUUAACAAUUCUUCGAGCAUAUCGCUGACAAAAUAUGCUUAAAGAUACGUUUGUCGAUUGUGUCGUGUUAUGUAAAUAGUUAGGACGGCGCCGUCACACGCCAACUCCUCUCCGCGACACAGCUUGUGUUCGAUUCAGCCCGCCCACAACAUCCAGAGCGUCGUCGCGUCGUGUGGACGCACGAGAACGAGAAUGUUUUGAGCGAACUGCAUCGCUUCGCAGAGACUCGGCUCCUAGCUCGUAAGAUAUUAAUGUAAUACGUACAUGAGUAUAAUCGUUCGUAUCCAGUAUAUCCGAGCACCCCGGCUCCCCCUCCCCCGUCCCCUGUAGUGUCGCGCAACAGUCUCGGCAUUUUAGGUAAAAUAUUUUAUGGUCAGUGUUCGUUCUACAAGCUUAAAGGACUAUUAAUCGGUGUUGUUUUACUAGUAGUGUUGUACGUAGAUACUGGAAGUGUUCGUCAGCGGGCGACGAGUCUCCCGCCGAGCGCGGUUUGCGACAGAUGGACAAUUAUGCUAAUCAGUGUGUCAGUAUAUUAGUUUCGCUAAUACUGAUAUUGCGGUACAUCGGGCAAGCUGUACGCCUCCCGAGUUCGAAUGGCCCUUUACAACAGCAGCCCCAUGCCCCACAGUUCAGUUGAAGUUAUCAAUUUACCUUUCGACAUAUCCAGGACAAUUGUGAAUUAUUUACUAGUUUCUUUGUAGUUUUAGGCCUGUUAUAGUUUCGAAUUUAAUUCGAUUUUUAGGUUAUUUUAAAUAGCUCGCUCAUAUAUUUUAACCGAAUAAUUUUUUUAUCGAUUCCUCUAUUUUUAACCGUAUUGUAUAAAAGACAUUUAUUUAAUUUUACAUUUCGAUGCAGCGUCCGUCAACACGUGAAUAAAUAUUAAGAUUUGAAAUUAAUAAUUUGAUGUUUUAGCUAUGUGUACAACAUAAUCGGUGUUAUUAUGUAAGUUUGUGUUAUAUAAACAAUAAUGUUAAAGGAAAAAAAAUGAAAAACAGUAAGAAAAAAAAAUACAAAAAAAACCUUUCAUCAUAUCAUAGUAACACAUUUCAUAGCGUUUAAACAUUAGAUCAAAAGACAUUAUAUUUACGCUCUAUGUAUUAGUGUAGUGUAGUGUAAUAUACUUACUAUAGUGUUUAAGCCUUAUUCUUCUAGGGACUUAUUUCAAGCCAUCAAUCGAAUUUCAUUUAUUUAUUUAAUGAUGACAAAAUGGAACGAUGUUUCGUCUAAACAAUUUUGUCAGAAGGACAACACGGUACGGGGUAGAACAUCAGUCGAAGCUAACCGUUCCAUUUUGUUGAAUGGAAUUAAGAGUUUCAAUAUCUAAUGUAAUUAUUUUACGAGAAGCUUAGGAGAUAAUCAAAUUAUAUUGUAAAACUGUAGAUGUAUAUCGGUGUUUCAGUGUAUUCCAUAAUAGGUUAAACCAUUAAGAACUAUAUGUAAACAUUUCAAUCAAACAUAAUGUACAACAAAGCGUGUCUGAUAUAUUUCUUCUAAAAUUCAAAGUGAACUAUCGCUCAAUAAGAACCUAAGGGAAAUGUAAUUUGGAAGACAUUUCAGAGUUACUUUCGUUAAAAAAAAUCAUUGUAUCUUCCAUUUGAUCUUAAAACAUUAUUUAGUGAACAAUUCAGAAAAAUUGUAAGCUGACUCUUUCUUCGUGAUCACUUAGCAUCCCAUAGUAAUUUUACACAAGUAACUUUCUUUUUUUGGACUUUAGCAAUCCCCAAUCCUUCAAUCGUUACUUUCAUUGAAUUCUGAUUUCAAAUUAAACCAGCUAACAAGCGCUUCUGCUAUUUCCAAUUUCUACCCAAAUCUAAAUCAUAAGUAAAGUUGUUUACAUUGUCUAGUUUCUAAUAAUAAACAGUUCAAAGACAAUGUUUUGGAUCACGUAAUCUUUGUAGUUAGGUUAGCCGAGACUGUUGAGUCGAUCGGCGCUCUAAUGGCCCUCGCGAUAAACCUGAAAACACCAUCGAAGCACGAGAUAAAAAAUGACACGAAUCUCCAUUACGUUAUGCUUAAGCAGUUCAUAGAAGUUUGGUAUGGCCAUUGGGGCGCCAAUAUAUAAUAAAAGUGUAGUACACAUUAAUGUGUUAUGGUUCAUUAAGCACGCGGGUCCUGUUUAUUGGUGAAUAAUGGUAGGAUGGUCUCCUGAAUGUACCGUCGUGUCGUUACAUGGCAACACAAUAACAUUGUCAGAAAAUGGGUACUUACAGAAACUUGAGACGACAGCCACGAUUAAAACGUUUUUAUUUUCGGUAUAAAUGUUAAAAAAAAACGUUUAAAAUUAAAUCGCUUUUACAAUUAUUUUGUUUUCAUAAAUAACGCAAAUAGCUGUGCAGAUAGAUUCGCGUAAUUACUGGUGGACCUCUUGUGAGUCCGCGCGGGUAGGUACCACUGCCCUGCCUAUUUCUGCCGUGAAGCAGUAAUGCGUUUCGGUUUGAAGGGUGGGGCAGCCGUUGCAACUAUACAUGAGACCUUAGAACAUAUAUCUCAAGGUGGGUGGCGCAUUUACGUCGUGGAUGUCUAUGGGCUCCAGUAACCGCUUAACCACCAGGUGGGCUGUGAGCUCGUCCACCCAUCUAAGCAAUAAAUAUAAAAAAAAGAAUAUGCGUUUUCCGAAUAAUUAUUAAAUUUACAUUCCAUUCAAAUGUCUGAUUUGUAUAGGUGGUAGGGUAUCUCUUCGAACCCGCCCGGGGUAGUACCACCGUCCUGACUUGUUCUUCUGCCACAGCGGUAAUGCAUUGCGCAUUAUUGCGUUCCAGAGUGAAAGCAGGGAGGCCGGUAGUGCACGCAUUAUCCACAGUCAGCCCAAGCCUCUUGUAAGGACACGCGGUGUCACGUGACGCCCGCUGCGUGAUACUUCGCGUUUGGAUACGUACACGAGGAACUCAAUACUCGGGACGAGUGACGCGUCGGUGUUACCACACCGAUACCCAUAAGCGACGUUUAUCGUCAGCUCGUCUACUUGUCCUUGAAAAAAAAACAGUGCAGUUUCUAAAUAAUGAAUACUGCAAUUUAACCAGACACUUAACAAUUUAGUACGAUUCGAGUGAUUCUUCGAAUUAAAUAUAGAGUUUAACGAUUAUAAUAAAUAUUUGAAUGGAACGUAACAAUUGCAAAUUAGAAUUAUUACGGUUAUUGUUCGAACACAGUCGUUUCUAGGUUCUGAAUGCCCGCGUGGCCAUGUUUCGAUAACGAUAGUCUGCAACCGAAAACCAUAGUGAGUCAUCAAGAAACAGAAGCAAUUUAUUUAGGGUACUUGACAACAUUACAAUCAAAAUUUUAAUAAAAAAAAAACAUUUAUGUUUUAUUUAGUUACAAUCGAAUUUAUUACCGUUUUUAAUACGCAUCACAGAAUUCCGGUGGCAUAAUGUACAUUGUUUUUAAUAUUUUACAUGAUUGAGUUCGUGUCAAGUCAAUUACCCUAAUAUUUAAAGUCAUAUUGGCGUAUUUAUUCGUAUUAACUUACUAUCGGUGUUCGUUAUAUAAUAUCAAUGUAUUCUUUCUGUGCGUACUUGUAACCGAUGGUCAUGUCGUGACUCGAUCGGUCGGGUAUAUUUCUAAUUGGUGUAAAAUCAAAGGUGAACACACAAGCUGAGUUACAAUACGAUGAAUUAAUCGUCUUGCGGCAUUGCGCAGGCGCCUGAUGCGUCUUUUGCGUUUAAUUAAACGUUCUCGAUCGCGUAAAAGUUAACUCAAAUUUGUAUGCAGUUGGAACAGCGCCCCUAGCGACAAAUGUAGGCAAACGCGUCAAAUCCAUACAAAUUCGAGUUAACUUUUACGCUAUCGAGAAGUUAAAAAACUCGCACUAAGCACCCAGAGAUGCUGUGUUUUCACUUUUGUGCGUCAGUAGAUUCCAAUAUAUAAAAUGUUACUGUUAAUUAGUACCGUUGUAUGUGUCUAUCUAUAUACGAAUCGUAGAACGUGUUUUAACUUGUACCGUUAUGUUGUGUUCGAUUUCAAGCGACGACGACGUUUACUUCACGUAAUUUCUGUCUUUUAGGUACGCGAGCAGCGUCAUUUGUUUGUAUACGUUACUACUUAGCUGUAGUCCAUUUGGAACUGCUCAUACAGCGGAAGCAGUGUGACCCUAAAGCCGUAACAGAGCGCACACAAAGAUACGAAGCUCGGGGUACUUAAAUCUCGAUCAUCGAAACGAUGAUAGCCGCGUGCGGCGACUCUGCUUGUUAUUUUAUUUAUUUAAAGUAAAGUUUAAUUAAAAUUCGGUUCUUCGAAAGCGCUACGCAGACUAGAGUCGUUCGUGAAUUACUCGUGUUGGCCAAAAUUGUAGUGACGCGGUUACCGGGGCAGCGUAUUAUGAUUUUCGCUCAGUAUUAUUAGUUUUUAUCGGUAACGUAUAGCAUAGUAGCCGCAGAGGCGUACACACACGGGCCCGGUGCAAUCAGACGUUUCCGACAAUGGACCGACCAUAAUUUCCGUUGAACACACAACCGACUUCAUUAUAAGUGAAACAUUAUUCAUAUCUUAGGUAGACUCGCAUAGAUAUCGCUGAGGGACUCACGAUCUUCUAGAAACUUGAGUGAUUAUCAAACUCGUAGUUAGGAUGGAGUUGGAAAAUUUUUAAAAUUUAUUAAGAAGUCUGAAAUGUCCGUUACGACGGGACUGUAUUAAAUAUGGUCUUUAGAAAACAACUGUAAUGGGUAAUUUUAUGUGUAAAUUGAAUUUGAUUUGAUUUAAGAUUUUGUAGUUAGGCGGUGUCUGCAACAUUGUGCAAUGUAUGAUUAUUUUGCUUGUAUCGUUUCGAAUGAGAGGCGACCACGGAAAUGCGUGCUAAUGAAUUCCGAUGCGAUCGGCGGGACUCGCGUCUAUGUGUUGCGGGGUUUAAAUGCAAAUGUGAAAUAUUUACAUAUCUGUAGCUGUAUUUAAAUCGAAGCGCUUGUAAUAACGAUUUAUCGCAAUAUCGUCGAACCUGCAACCGGUGACGACUGUGAUUGUGGCUGUCGCAGUUCCGACAAAUGCAGUAGGUAUAAUUUUCCUCGUUCUCUUGCCCUCUCCGUCCAAAUCGAAGAGUGUUCAUAUUUUAACGAUUAUAAAAAUUCAUAAAAAAUUAAUAUUAAAAUAUUGUAAUUUCAUAUAUUAUUACUACUCCUUUUUUGUGAUUGAGAAAUUUUUAAACAUCUUUUUCCGUAUAUAUCUCGGAAUAUUUGAGUUCGUAACUGAGUUGUGUUUGUUUAUUGCCAUUGUUCACGUUCCCGGGCUGCGCUGAGUAAGAGCUUAAACAUUAUUUGAAAUUUCGAUAAUUUGAUCAAGUAAAUAAAGGAAAAUGAACUCUUGCAUCAAACUAUAUUUAAGAUUUACUGUAAUAUUAAGAGCUUUUUGAAUAGUAUACUGACAAUGAGAUCUUAUGAAACAGAAAACUGAAUUUAUCGCGAUAAUUUAUUAUAUUAUCCAUCCAGUAUUAUUAUUAUUACUAUUAGAUGAAUAGGUGUAAUGGUGAGGAUAUUCCGUAUUCUAGAAUUUUUAGCUGUUUAUUGUAAUAUUAGUCUAAUAUAAUUGGCCUUCGUGUUUUAAAUUAAGUACAAAAUUACAAAUGUCAAUUUUUUUGGGAGUCCCGCCGAUCGUGAACUGGUGUUGGGCUCUGCUAAGUUGGAUAAAUUCAAAACGCAUUCCACACAAUCUGUCUGACUUAUUUAUUCUGAAUCCUAAACGAGGGAGCGCAUUUUUUUCUAAAACAAUGACUAGGUCGACGGAUUCUUAAGAAAUUGAGUGCUUUAUUUCCAGUGCGAUGUUAUGGAAACUUACAGUAAUCCUAGGUAGCAUAUGGACUGAUUGGUCCAUACAAAAGGAUACAGAAGUUAAAGUCGUGUCACCUCUACGGUGGCAUUCCGUUUUUUUUAUUAUAGAGGUAACUCUCCAAUAACACUGUAUUCCACACUUCCACUAUAACACGAAAAGUAAAAUCCUCAAAACCCUCUUAUAACACGGUAUUUCUACAACACGAUAGCGAGAUUGUUGGCUUAAAAUUGUUUAGAUAUUUUUUUUUCGGGAAAACGAUUCACUUCGAAAUAUAAAUAACAUUUAAAUUAUUACACGAAAAUAAUGUUUGAAAUAAAAACAGAGGGAAACAUCACUUCACGUAAAUCGAUUUCGGAAUUCAUAGACUUGCAGCUAGCCAUCAAGAUAAUACAAUAAGUGAUGUCAAAACCUUAACACAUUGCCUCUCAAUCGAAAUUCACAAGUUUUAUUUGUUAUUUCAUAAUUUAAUUUAAGAUAGAAUACGUAACGCGGAUGCGUGAUCACGUCAUUGUUUUACCGCGUCCUUUAGUUCAUUUCGUUAUAUUGGUUACAUUAUCAUGUGCCAAAUUACUUAAUUGUCCUAACUAGAAGUAAAAACUUUGAAAAUAAUCAUUAAUGUUUCGGCGCUACAUUUUAUUACAUCACGUGCAAUCGAAGAAAAUCAUUAAAAAAUACCUAAUGCCCUAAUUUUAUAACUGAAGUUUUGCUAAAUUUCUUCAACAUACGAAGAUCGGUAUUCGUAGGAAUGAAAGAUAGUGACAUUCACAGAUUUUUUUCGCGAUUAAUACAUUAAUAUUUAAAGUCGUAAAAGUAAAGUUUGUAGGCAGCGGCUUGGCUCUGCCCCUGGCAUUGCUGAAGCCCAUGGGCGACGGUGACCACUCACCAUCAGGUGGGCCGUAUACUCGUCUGCCUACAAGGGCAAUAAAAAAAAAUCGGUAACACAAUGACGUCAUCACACAAUCUCAGAGCCAUUGUUGCAAAAUGAGCUCCGUGUCCAAAUGUACACGUGUACAACUCUGGAGGCGAACGAUGAAUUUAAUGGAACAAUUCCUUUAUAACAUUCUAUUACAACCUUGACCUUUUAAUGAUAGUCCUUAAAGUUGUCUCUAAAACAAUCCCAAAAAAAAAAGCAAUCAUCAAAUCCAUAGUUUAAUUAAAAUUGCGGUUGGUUGCCGCAUCGGGCUAAAAUAUAAUUCAGUUAAUUAAUAAUGCCGGUUUCACAAAUGUUGGAGCCAAAUGUGAGUUCUAGUCUCAAGUGUAUCUUUGUUAGGUAUAUUUAAGCUCUAUAAUAUAAUUUUAUUUCUUAUAACAUACGUGGAUGACGAGUUUGGAUCUUAAGCGUGUCACUUUUAGAAAUAAAUGUCUAUGUAAUUAGCCGAGUAAGAGGGUGUUUGUGUCAUCUGCAUAUGCGUUUCAUCGAUGACGAUAUUACGGGAAUGUUAGGUUUGAAACAUCGUAUCUGGAGUUAAUUCUUAAAAGACGAUGUAACGAAAUAUUAUCAAUCUUCAAUUCAUCUCAAUUUUCCCAGGUUUUGAACUAAGUAAUUGUGGUUUGAUAGUAAACUAAAUAAUUCAAUAAAGGUCAACUUUAUACGAAAAUUUCGAUUAACCAGAUAAAUAUAGAGUUUUGAUUUAUCAAUCGAACGGUUUUAAAAAAUGGAAACACUAAUUGAUGUAUAACAUUGGUACAAAUUGAUGUGUAACAUUUGUUGGACAAUAGUUAAUGUAGGGUUGCAACAUCAGGGUUAUGCGAUAAAUGCUAAAUUGCGCAUACAUAAAUUAGUCCAAAUAUCACAACUAUAGAGAUCUUGUCAUCGUAGGACAUUUUAUCGUAUCAGGCCGGGUGUCGUCCGCUAAACAUUUUUCCCUCCAUUGAUUAUCGUUGGUAGGUGCUCCUUCUUGACACCGAACUAAUCUGCAUUGAAUGUUUUGAGAUGUGAUCAAGAAUAUAUCACUCUAGUCUAGUAAUAGUUGUGUCUUCUUUACGCAGAUCUUGUAAGCUUUUGAUGUUGUGAGAUUAUUAGGAUUAGGUAAGCAGGAACAAUGGCGGAGGAAUGUCUAGUACAUCAACGGUAUUGUUCGGUCUAGUAAUAGUUCUGUCUUCAUUACGCAAAUCUAGGCUUUUGAUGUUGUGAAACGAUUAGUAUUAGGUAAUUUGGAACAAUGGCGGAGGAAUGUCUAGUACAUCAACGGUAUUGUUCAGUCUAGUAAUAGUUGUGUCUUCUUUACGCAGAUCUUGUAGGCUUUUGAUGUUGUGAGAUUAUUAGGAUUAGGUAAGCAGGAACAAUGGCGGAGGAAUGUCUAGUACAUCAACGGUAUUGUUCGGUCUAGUAAUAGUUCUGUCUUCUUUACGCAAAUCUAAGCUUUUGAUGUUGUGAGAUGAUUAGUAUUAAGUAAUUUGGAACAAUGGCGGAGGAAUGUCUAGUACAUCAACGGUAUUGUUCAGUCUAGUAAUAGUUGUGUCUUCUUUACGCAGAUCUUGUAGGCUUUUGAUGUUGUGAGAUUAUUAGGAUUAAGUAAGCAGGAACAAUGGCGGAGGAAUGUCUAGUACAUCAACGGUAUUGUUCAGUCUAGUAAUAGUUGUGUCUUCUUUACGCAGAUCUUGUAGGCUUUUGAUGUUGUGAGAUUAUUAGGAUUAAGUAAGCAGGAACAAUGGCGGAGGAAUGUCUAGUACAUCAACGGUAUUGUUCAGUCUAGUAAUAGUUGUGUCUUCUUUACGCAGAUCUUGUAGGCUUUUGAUGUUGUGAGAUUAUUAGGAUUAGGUAAGCAGGAACAAUGGCGGAGGAAUGUCUAGUACAUCAACGGUAUUGUUCGGUCUAGUAACAGUUCUGUCUUCUUUACGCAAAUCUUCUAGGUUUUUGAUGUUGUGAGAUUAUUAGGAUUAAGUAAGCAGGAACAAUGGCGGAGGAAUGUCUAGUACAUCAACGGUAUUGUUCAGUCUAGUAAUAGUUGUGUCUUCUUUACGCAGAUCUUGUAGGCUUUUGAUGUUGUGAGAUUAUUAGGAUUAGGUAAGCAGGAACAAUGGCGGAGGAAUGUCUAGUACAUCAACGGUAUUGUUCGGUCUAGUAAUAGUUCUGUCUUCUUUACGCAAAUCUAGGCUUUUGAUGUUGUGAGAUGAUUAGUAUUAAGUAAUUUGGAACAAUGGCGGAGGAAUGUCUAGUACAUCAACGGUAUUGUUCGGUCUAGUAAUAGUUCUGUCUUCUUUACGCAAAUCUAGGCUUUUGAUGUUGUGAGAUUAUUAGGAUUAAGUAAGCCGGAACAAUGGCGGAGGAAUGUCUAGUACAUCAACGGUGUUGUUCGGUCUAGUAAUAGUUGUGUCUUCUUUACGCAAAUCUUCUAGGCUUUUGAUGUUGUGAGAUUAUUAGGAUUAGGUAAGCAUUAACAAUGGCGGAGGAAUGUCUAGUACAUCAACGGUAUUGUUCGGUCUAGUAAUAGUUGUGUCUUCUUUACGCAAAUCUAGGUUUUUGAUGUUGUGAGAUUAUUAGGAUUAAGUAAGCAGGAACAAUGGCGGAGGAAUGUCUAGUACAUCAACGGUAUUGUUCAGUCUAGUAAUAGUUGUGUCUUCUUUACGCAGAUCUUGUAGGCUUUUGAUGUUGUGAGAUUAUUAGGAUUAAGCAAGCCGGAACAAUGGCGGAGGAAUGUCUAGUACAUCAACGGUGUUGCUCGGUCUAGUAAUAGUUGUGUCUUCUUUACGCAAAUCUUCUAGGCUUUUGAUGUUGUGAGAUUAUUAAGAUUAGGUAAGCAUUAAAAAUGGCGGAGGAAUGUCUAAUACAUCAACGGUAUUGUUCGGUCUAGUAAUAGUUGUGUCUUUUUUACGCAAAUCUUCUAGGCUUUUGAUGUUGUGAGAUCAUUAGGAUUAGGUAAGCAGGAACAAUGGCGGAGGAAUGUCUAGUACAACAACGGUGUUGUUCGAUCUAACAUUAAGUGAAUCUUCUAGGCUUUUGAUGUUGUGAGAUGAUUAGGAUUAGGUAAGCAGGAACAAUGGCGGAGGAAUGUCUAGUACAUCAACGGUGUUGUUCGGUCUAGUAAUAGUUGUGUCUUCUUUACGCAAAUCUUCUAGGCUUUUGAUGUUGUGAGAUUAUUAGGAUUAAGUAAGCAGGAACAAUGGCGGAGGAAUGUCUAGUACAUCAAUGGUAUUGUUCAGUCUAGUAAUAGUUGUGUCUUCUUUACGCAGAUCUUGUAGGCUUUUGAUGUUGUGAGAUUAUUAGGAUUAAGUAAGCCGGAACAAUGGCGGAGGAAUGUCUAGUACAUCAACGGUAUUGUUCGGUCUAGUAAUAGUUGUGUCUUCUUUACGCAAAUCUUCUAGGCUUUUGAUGUUGUGAGAUGAUUAGGAUUAGGUUAUUUGGAACAAUGGCGGAGGAGCGUCUAGUACGUCAACGGUAUUGUUCGAUCUAUCAUUAAGUGAAUCUUUUAGGCUUUUGAUGUUGUGAGAUGAUUAGGUUUAGGUAAUUUGGAACAAUGGCGGAGGAGCGUCUAGUACGUCAACGGUAUUGUUCGAUCUAACAUUAAGUGAAUCUUCUAGGCUUUUGAUGUUGUGAGAUGAUUAGGAUUAGGUUAUUUGGAACAAUUGCGAAGGAGCGUCUAGUACGUCAACGGUAUUGUUCGAUCUAUCAUUAAGUGAAUCUUUUAGGCUUUUGAUGUUGUGAGAUGAUUAGGUUUAGGUAAUUUGGAACAAUGGCGGAGGAGCGUCUAGUACGUCAACGGUAUUGUUCGAUCUAUCAUUAAGUGAAUCUUUUAGGCUUUUGAUGUUGUAAGAUGAUUAGGUUUAGGUAAGCAGAAACAAUGGCGGAGGAAUGUCUGGUACAUCAACGGUAUUGUUCGGUCUAGUAAUAGUUCUGUCUUCUUUACGCAAAUCUAGGCUUUUGAUGUUGUGAGAUGAUUAGUAUUAAGUAAUUUGGAACAAUGGCGGAGGAAUGUCUAGUACAUCAACGGUAUUGUUCAGUCUAGUAAUAGUUGUGUCUUCUUUACGCAGAUCUUGUAGGCUUUUGAUGUUGUGAGAUGAUUAGGAUUAGGUAAUUUGGAACAAUGGCGGAGGAACGUCUAGUACGUCAACGGUAUUGUUCGAUCUAUCAUUAAGUGAAUCUUCUAGGCUUUUGAUGUUGUGAGAUGAUUAGGUUUAGGUAAGCAGAAACAAUGGCGGAGGAAUGUCUAGUACAUCAACGGUGUUGUUCGAUCUAACCUUAAGUGACUCUUCUAGGCUUUUGAUUUUCUGAGAUGAUUUGGGUUAGAUAAUUUCGAACAAUGGCGGAGGAAUGUCUGGUACAUCAACGGUAUUGUUCGGUCUAAUAAUAGUUGUGUCUUCUUUACGCAGAUCUUCUAGGCUUUUGAUGUUGUGAGAUGAUUAGGAUUAGGUAAUUUGGAACAAUGGCGGAGGAGCGUCUAGUACGUCAACGGUAUUGUUCGAUCUAUCAUUAAGUGAAUCUUCUAAGCUUUUGAUGUUGUGGAGGAUUAGGUUUAGGUAAGCAGAAACAAUGGCGGAGGAAUGUCUAGUACAUCAACGGUGUUGUUCGAUCUAACCUUAAGUGACUCUUCUAGGCUUUUGAUUUUGUGAGAUGAUUUGGGUUAGAUAAUUUCGAACAAUGGCGGAGGAGCGUCUAGUACGUCAACGGUAUUGUUCGAUCUAUCAUUAAGUGAAUCUUUUAGGCUUUUGAUGUUGAGAUGAUUAGGUUUAGGUAAUUUGGAACAAUGGCGGAGGAGCGUCUAGUACGUCAACGGUAUUGUUCGAUCUAACAUUAAGUGAAUCUUCUAGGCUUUUGAUGUUGUGAGAUGAUUAGGUUUAGGUAAGCAGCAACAAUAGCGGAGGAAUGUCUAGUACAUCAACGGUGUUGUUCGAUCUAACCUUAAGUGACUCUUCUAGGCUUUUGAUUUUCUGAGAUGAUUUGGGUUAGAUAAUUUCGAACAAUGGCGGAGGAAUGUCUGGUACAUCAACGGUAUUGUUCGGUCUAGUAAUAGUUGUGUCUUCUUUACGCAGAUCUUCUAGGCUUUUGAUGUUGUGAGAUGAUUAGGAUUAGGUAAUUUGGAACAAUGGCGGAGGAGCGUCUAGUACGUCAACGAUAUUGUUCGAUCUAUCAUUAAGUGAAUCUUCUAGGCUUUUGAUGUUGUGAGAUGAUUAGGUUUAGGUAAGCAGAAACAAUGGCGGAGGAAUGUCUAGUACAUCAACGGUGUUGUUCGAUCUAACCUUAAGUGACUCUUCUAGGCUUUUGAUUUUGUGAGAUGAUUUGGGUUAGAUAAUUUCGAACAAUGGCGGAGGAGCGUCUAGUACGUCAACGGUAUUGUUCGAUCUAUCAUUAAGUGAAUCUUUUAGGCUUUUGAUGUUGUGAGAUGAUUAGGUUUAGGUAAUUUGGAACAAUGGCGGAGGAUCGUCUAGUACGUCAACGGUAUUGUUCGAUCUAACAUUAAGUGAAUCUUCUAGGCUUUUGAUGUUGUGAGAUGAUUAGGAUUAGGUAAGCCAGAACAAUGGCGGAGGAAUGUCUGGUACAUCAACGGUAUUGUUCGGUCUAGUAAUAAUUGUAUCUUAUUUACGCAGAUCUUCUAGGCUUUUGAUGUUGUGGGAUGAAUAGUAUUAGUUAAGACAGAACAAUGGCAGAGGAAUGUCUAGUAUAUCAACGGUGUUGUUCGGUCUAACAUCAAGUGAAUCUUCUAGGCUUUUGGUGUUGUGAGAUGUUUAGAAUUAGGUAAGCAGGAACAAUGGCAGAGGAAUAACAAGUACAUCAACAUGAUUGAACAAUUUAAAUGUUAGUUAAAUGAUUAAACCAUUCAUUAAAUAAACGACAUUAAAUAAAUAAACGGGUCUGGAGCAUCUAGAUUAGUACGGAUGAAUGUUGAUAAAUUCAACGACUUCACUCGAUGGUUCGUUAGAAUAACAUUUGGAUCGACCAAUAUGAAUUAAUUAUUAUAUUCUUACUUUACAUCUGAAAUGUUUAUGAACAAAUCGAGACCCUGGCCGAACUCGCGUCGUCAUCAUGAAUAGGACACAAAUACCCUCAAUAUCUUAAUGUUUAAUAGUUAUAGAUGAAUAGUUUAAUGUAUGUAUUUCGCUUCACACAAUAUUAUUAAUGAGUAAAUUCCAAACAUAUUUUCCGCUUGUAUGUACCAACUUCGAUAAUUCCAUUGUAUGUCUGGAGCUUUUUCCAAUUUUUGUACUUGAGUUUGUAAAUGUGCUGUGCUAAAUGGAAUGAUUUCACUUUAUGUAUAAGUUGUAACUCGAUCAUUGUAUAAAUGAUUUAAUAAACGGAACCGAUGUUUCA